UCUUUGGUUUCUUGCUCAAUACGAGGUCAUAUCCAUUCGGAAUUGAGCUCGCUAAAAUUUAUUCCGGGGUUGCAACAGAUCCGCGGAAGGAUUCAUCGGAUUUAAAAUCGGCUAGGAGCAGCAAAUACCUUCGGAUCCAUUAUUCCCCUUUAUCGACAGUGACCACUGCGGCAGGUAUCACGCCACCUGACUUCAGAUGCGGACAUCGUUAGACUUCGAAGAGAAGAAAGCCUUUGAGGGCAUUGCGGCGGACCAACAAGAUCGAACGUCAUCGAGUCAUGGAAAUGGGGACAAAGAUGCUGCCGAGGAGACGCACGAUGAAGAGCGUCAGGAUGCACAAUCGCUAGCUGGAUCCCAGCUUCCGCCACCACCAGAUGGAGGCUUACAUGCUUGGUUAAAGGUCUUUGGCGGCUUUCUGGUAUAUAUUAACAUCUGGGGGUUCACUCUCUCCUAUGGCGCCUUUCAAUCCUACUACGCCUCCACGCUGCUCUCCUCUAGCAGCCCCUCAGCCAUAUCCUGGAUCGGCACAGUGCAAGCCUGGCUCCUCAUCCUCGUCGGCGUACUGUCAGGCCCGCUAUUCGACCUCGGCUACUUCCGGCCCAUGCUCUACGUUGGCAACUUUUUAGUCGUUUUCGGCAUCAUGAUGGUCAGUCUGUGCAAGACCUAUUGGCAGGUUUUCCUGGCGCAAGGACUGUGCAUGGGGUUGGGCGCGGGGUUGCUGUAUAUUCCGAGCUUGGCGCUCGUGGGCAUUUGGUUUGAGAGGAAGAGGGCGUUGGCGAUGGGGUUCGUCAUGAGUGGGAUUGCUGUUGGCGGCGUAAUCUACAUCAUCGUCUUCGACCGCCUCACCCCCACUGCGGGCUUCCCCUGGGCCCUCCGCGCCAUGGGCUUCAUUGCGCUCGUCGCCUCUCUGCUCUCCUUCCCCGCUCUCCUAAGCGGCUCCGGGAUACUCGCGCACAGGCGGCCUGCGCGGCGCCUCUUCGACGCGUCCGCCUUCCACGACCGGCUCUUCCUGAUCUUCACAGCAUCCACCUUCACCUGCUUUCUUGGCUAUAUUGUCCCUUACUUCUACAUCCCGACGUAUGCGACUGAGAAGCUAGGGACGAGCGAUAGCUUCGGGCUGUAUAUGCUGGUGAUUAGCGUGGCUGGGAGUUUCUUUGGGCGACUCGGAAGCGGCAUGCUAGCGCACUAUGCGGGGAGUAUUGUUACGUGGUUACUAUGUGCGGGGGCGAGCGGCGUGUUAUCGUUGGCAUGGAUUGCGAUUGAGACAAGAGGCGGGUUCAUUGCGUUCAGUAUACUCUGGGGAUUUCUCUCUGCCGCCCUAGUGACUCUCCCCUCCGCAGCUUUCGCCAACAUCUCGCCUAACCUAUCGAAUCUGGGGACCCGAAUAGGCAUGUCCUGGGCUAUUUCCAGCAUUGCGUCGCUCAUCGGAUCGCCUAUUGCAGGCGCGUUAAUCAAGACGAAGAACGGGAAGACGAAUUUUCUGGGCGUUCAGCUCUGGAGCGGUAUCUGUCUGUUGCUGGGAACGUGCUGGCUAUGCGUGUUGUGGGUACUCACGGUCCGGACGCAGAAGAAGGGCUGGAGGGUCUAAGAUUAUCAGCGAGAGCCGAU